AUGCUGUCAAGAAGCAUAGCUACCGCCGCCCGAAUGGUGCCGGCUCGGGCGCUGCGGCCCCGUUCGCACCCUCUCGUCAUGCUUCCCGCCAUGAUGCAGACCGUCCGCACUUAUGCCGAUUCCGUCAUCAAGGUCCCCCAAAUGGCCGAGUCCAUCUCUGAGGGUACUCUGAAGCAGUUCUCCAAGAGCAUCGGCGACUAUGUCGAGCAGGACGAGGAGAUUGCCACUAUCGAGACUGACAAGAUUGACGUCGCUGUGAAUGCUCCUGAGGCUGGUACUAUCAAGGAGUUCCUCGCCAGCGAGGAGGAUACCGUCGUCGUUGGCCAGGAACUUGUCCGCAUUGAGCUGGGCGGCGCCCCCGCUGGUGACAAGAAGGAGGCUCCUAAGGAGGAGUCCAAGCAGUCCGAGUCCAAGCCUGAAUCAAAACCCGAGCCCAAGCAAGAGACCGCCCCCGAGCCUAAGAAGGAGUCUGCUCCCGCCCCCAGCAAGCCCGAGCCUCGACAGGCUGAGAAGAAGGAGUCGAAGCCCCAGCCCGCUGCCACCACUGGUGGCCCCUCUCUUGGUAACCGGGAAGAGCGCCGCGUCAAGAUGAACCGCAUGCGCCUCCGAAUCGCCGAGCGCCUUAAGCAGUCCCAGAACACCGCUGCCUCGCUCACCACCUUCAACGAGGUCGACAUGUCCAACAUUAUGGACUUCCGCAAGCUGUACAAGGAUGACGUUCUCAAGAAGACCGGCGUCAAGCUUGGUUUCAUGAGCGCCUUCUCCCGCGCCUGCGUUCUCGCUAUGCGGGACAUCCCCGCCGUCAAUGCUUCCAUUGAGGGCCCUGACGGCGGUGACACCAUUGUCUACCGCGACUACGUCGACAUCAGCGUUGCCGUUGCCACUGAAAAGGGUCUCGUUACCCCCGUUGUCCGAAACGUUGAGGCUAUGGACAUGAUUGGCAUUGAGAAGUCCAUUGCCGACAUGGGCAAGAAGGCCCGCGAUGGCAAGCUUACGAUCGAGGAUAUGGCUGGCGGCACCUUCACCAUCAGCAACGGCGGCGUUUUCGGCUCUCUCAUGGGCACUCCCAUCAUCAACCUUCCCCAGAGCGCCGUUCUCGGCCUCCACGCCAUCAAGGAACGCCCUGUUGCUGUCAACGGCAAGAUCGAGAUCCGACCCAUGAUGUACCUGGCUCUUACCUACGACCACCGUCUGCUGGAUGGCCGGGAGGCUGUGCAGUUCCUCGUCAAGGUGAAGGAGUACAUUGAGGACCCCCGGAGGAUGCUUCUAUCCGAAGAACUAGAGCCCAUUCGCAACGUUGAAACCCGAACCAAUGCGACCUUAGACCGCACGCUAUCGAUCGUCGUGAUGAGCUUAGUCAUUCCCCUCAACUUCGCGCAGUCAUCUGAGUCACUCGUCUUGACACUUGACCUAAAGCACGCAAUACACCUUCACCACAUGACCCGUCAGAUCACGAUGGCUCCUCCAAACAGCGCUCUUUUCGUCAUUGAUAUCCAACACGACCUGGCGGGAGAUCCCAAGACUGAGAUCCCACAUGCCGCCCGUAUCCGUGAUGCUGGAGAGGUCAUCCUUUCUGCCGCGCGUGGUAUUUCUCAAACUGAGGGAGCUCAGCCGCCUCUCAUCGUCUUUGUGCAGCACGAGGAACCCCCUGAGGAGGGUCCCCUAGCCAAAGGAAGCGAUCCAUGGAAACUCGUCUUUGAGCCGCAGAUGAACAAUUCUAGGGAGAUUCUCGUGCCCAAGACCACUCGAGACACGUUCAAGUCAAACCCGGGACUCGCUGAACAGCUGAAGGCGCAAGGAAUCGAACAUAUCGUGGCGUUUGGAGUCCAAAGCGACUGCUGUGUAUUCGAGACAAGCAAAGGUGCCCUCGAGGCCGGGUUUCGACUUACGCUACUGCAGGGAGCCCAUUCGACUUAUGAUUCCAAAGAGGGCACUGCACUUGAGAUUGAGACGAGCAUCGAAGAUUCAUUGAGGGUUCUUGGUGCAAGGAUUGUUCCAUUUGAAUCUGCGGUGGACGGCUGGAAAGAGACGGGGAACUUGGAUUUUUGA